AAGACUUAAUAUUUCCUGACAUGUACUGGAAUAAGGCGACGCAUGGUCGCCGUAGAUCAGAAAGAGAAACUUGUGGUGGUUUGUUGAUUGCCGUCAACUGGUGGUUAUUUGUUAUAAUGACUUUUCUCAUUGUAAUCGUGGUUUUAAUGGCCACUUUGAACUUCGGAAGUGCUGGACGGGCUUGGGUUACGACGGAUGAACUUGAAAAUCACAUUAGUCCUGAAGAUUUGAGUGAAUUCAUAAAUUGGAGCAGAAGAAACGAAUCAACUGAAACGACAACAAUUGGAGGCGAAGAUGUUAAUUAUGCAGUUUUUGAUGAUACAACCGCACUACCAGUUCCCGAUACAGUAGAUUGCUUCGGGCUAGGAACUCUGACGAGGACGCUAUUGUUCAACAUGCGACCGGGAUCUUCCGACGAUAUUAACACGCACUUCUUCUUUUCCUCUAGACACAGUCCUGCAAGAGUUCAGGUAUUUCCCGGCACGCAGUUUGGAUUAGAAUGGGUCGACUUCAAGCCUGAAAGAAAAACUGUUAUGAUCGUCCACGGGUUUAUGAGUCACAGCAAUGCUUCCUGGGUUCUUGAUAUGACUAGUGCGUUUCUGGAAUGGGAUGACUUGAACGUUAUAGCAGUGGACUGGAGUAGGGGUGGUAACACAUGGAAGUAUUGGCGUGCCGUUGCCAACACGCGACGUGUCGGCUCCGACGUUACCGGGUUCAUGAAGCAGCUAAUGGCAGCGACUGGAGCUAGAGUGAAGGAUUUCCACUUCGUGGGUCAUAGCUUAGGAGCUCACAUCGCAUCUUAUGUCUCCUUCCACAUCGGUAGAGUUGCGAGGAUUACAGGUCUAGAUCCUGCACAACCAUGUUUCCGAACAUCGAAUCGUGUGGAGCGUUUGGACGAAACCGACGCAGACUUUGUGGAUGUCAUUCACACUAACGGUCGACUGUUACAGAGGAUAGGCUUCGGACUUCCCGAUCCUAUUGGCCACGCAGAUUUCUACCCUAACGGCGGAAUGCAGCAGCCGGGUUGCGCUAACCGAACCAACUCUCUGUGGACAAAACUCAUGCCUAUAUCGCCAGCCAAGCUGAAACAGGCAAUAUGCAGCCAUGGACGUGCUUACCUUCUCUUCACGGAGUCAUUAAUAAACAACAACUGCAGUUUUCGAGCUCAUCAAUGGAAUUUAACUUAUGAAGGGGUAAACGCAAGUCUGAUAGCGGCCUGUUUCAAAUAUUCCUCGUGCUCCGUGAUGGGCAUCAACGCUGUUGGCGAUUCCAGGGAGCCCCGUGCCAAUGGGGCAUACUUUGUUUUAACCACUGAGAAGGAUCCUUAUUGCCCCACGGAAGAUGAACGUCGACACCCGUUACCGGAUUUGCUGAGAGACUUGCGUCAAGGGUUCCGCAUAGAUCGGUCAGUCAAAGUUGCUCCUACAACAACCCCAGGGUAUGCUGACCCCGACGACGAAGUGACUCCAACAACUGCUAAGAAUUGGUUCUGGAAACUUGUUGAUAGCUUGGGAUAGUAGACUAAAGAUUUAUGUGCACUAACGAAGAACAAUGCAAUGCCCUUGUCUAAGGAGAUUCCAAGGCAACAUCAACCGUCCUCCAAUAGUUAUCACCUAAGUUGGUGAAACGUUUUUUUCUACAGCCUAAAUCAUUAGGCUUUAGAUUUUCGCGUUGCUUAGUGUUAGUGAAGACUGACAUAAACCAAUGAGACUUACCUAUAUUGAAGACUGAAUUGUUAAAGUGACGGUAGGUAAUACAGUGAUAUUUAAAUGAAUAAGGUAAAAAUUUUGUAAAAUUGUAAAUAAAAGUAAGCUAUAUUAUAUUGUAUUAUGUGUAUUUGUUAAGAUCGUGUAAUGACAAAAACCUCUGACGAAUUGUGUCUAAAGCACAGGUUUUCAAGUGGGGUCUAAAGAAUUGAUUGACUUGAGAACAUGUUCUUAAAUCUUAGCUUUAUAAAUGCAGUUUGUGAUUCGAUAGCAAGCAGGAGUCGCGUUUACUGCAUUAUUUUUAAUAACUAGAUUUUUAUAUAAUAACGAUGAAGAUUUGAUUGAUGUACUUAUAUGAUUAUAUACAAUGUUGAAAUA